GGCUCAUUGGCACCUACGUAGCCGUGUUCAUUAACCGGUUUGUCGGUAAGUAUCACGUGUACGCACCAAGACUGGUUCUUUUCGGUGCUACGGCAUGUGGUUCUACGACAUGACAUUUAGUUAAAACACGUCAGAUGUUCGGAGCAAGUUCACGGCACUGACAGUCAUCACGAAAUGAUUGAACAAGUCGGAGUUUUCGCAAUCGAUGAAUUGUGAGGAGUUCGAAGCGUCGAACGGAGAGCGUAUGUAGAUUGAACAAAACAACAAAACAGAGACAAUGGUCGUCUUGCCGAUCGCAAUUUCCGUGCGGUUUUUUAAUCCAAUUGUGACAUAACCCCAGCGUACCUUUGUUUUUGUUCAGACGAAACGUUAAACAUAAAAAUAUCUUCAAAAUGAUGCAACAAUAUAUGAAGGAAUUGGAACAGGAUCCGUUCGAUUCUGAGGAAUUUGUCGAGCGAUUGGCUUGGAGAACUGUCAAUGACAAGACCAAGGAUGGAGGAAAAACGUUCUUCGAUCCCGUCAUAGUUCACGAAACUUUUUUACAGGCGAUUAAAGACCUGCAGAUAUUGCAGGAACGUCAACAAAAGAAAUGCGACAGAUUGGAGGCCGCUUUGAAAGAAGAGGAGGCUCGACACGCGAUGGAGAUAAUGGAAUUGCAGGAGAGGAAUAGACAUUCCAUCGAUUUGUUUCACCAGUUAGACGAAAGAAUCAAUUUUGUGGCCACCAAAGUCUUGCAUCUGGGAGAUCAGUUGGAAAGCGUCAAUACACCGAGAGCGAGAGCGGUCGAGGCUCAAAAAUUGAUGAGACAUUUUUCGGAAUUUUUAAGCCCCGGUCUGUUGACAGAUCCGAUUUUUACGGACAAAUCUUUGUUGAAUGAAGCGGCUGACGUGAUUCAAAAGCUCCAUCUCAUAGCGCAGGAACUUCCCUCCGAGAAAUUCGAACACGCAAAGAAGAAGAUCGGCGUCAAGUACGACGAGAUAGAACGGAAUCUGAUCGAGGAGUUUGUGAGGGCGCACAACAGAGAGGACGCGCCGCGUAUGAGGGAACUGGCGGGCACUUUGGCUCAUUUCAAAGGUUACUCUCAGUGUAUCGAUGCCUUCAUAGAACAGAGUCAAAUGGGUUCGUUCGGUGGGAAGGAUGUCUUUCAGGAUGUAAUACCCAUGUGCACGAAGUAUCACAAGCUCAUGCAACAGGUGUUCACCAAUCCCGAGCAAGUGAUGGCGAAGUUCGUCUUGAACAUUUAUCAUCUGCGUCUUCAGAAGUACGCGGUAGCCAAGUUGGCCGAUAAAGCGGACUCCGACAAAUAUCUCAGGAAUUUGUACGAUCUGUAUACGAGAACGGUGAAGCUGUCGAACGAACUGAGGAUCUUUAAUAUGGGCACGGACGACACUUACCUCUCCAAACUUACCAGAAAUAUAUUUCAGAAAUAUUUGGACGCUUACAUCACCAUCGAAACGAAGGCGUUCCGAGAAAAAUCGGCGGCGCUGCUCAUCGAAUAUUACGAGUCCAAGAAUCAUCAGAAGAAACAAUUGCAAACCGGCGGGUUCCAAGAAUUGCGCAGAGAUCUUCAAGCUGUGCUGGGCGCAAGGACUAAUAUAAAUAUUGCUCAAAUAGAAGAUUACGGAGGCGAGACGUUUCUCUCGGAAGAACUGGCGAUCGCGAUAUUACAAAGGAGCAAACUCGCGUUUCAGAGAUGCCAGUUACUCUCGCAGUCCGUAGACGUUUCCGCGAACGCGCUGCAGAUCUUUGAAAUAUUGCUCCAAUAUCUGAUAAGCGAACACGUGGACUACGCGUUAGAAUUGGGUUUGCAAAGCGUGCCGAUACCGGAGAGCAGAACUCAGCCGGAGAUUCACUUCUUCAACGUGGUGCAUCAGUGUAACGCGAUUGUCAGGCUCUUGGAGGAACAAUUCAACGACAGCGUAUUGCCUCUCGUUGUAUCCACACCCAAACAUCCCGAUUGUUUGUUAAAGAAAAAAGCGAUAUUAGAACAAAUUGACGUUAAAUUGGACACCGGCUUGGACAGAAGCAUUAACGCGAUUGUGGGCUGGGUGAAAGUUUAUCUACAAAAUGAACAGAGAAAGACAGACUUCAAGCCGGAAACUGACGUCGACACCGUGAACACUCCUGCUUGUUUAGCAGUGGUCCAGUACGUGAGCGGAAUGAUACGACAGAUACGAAAUACUCUGGACGGCAAGCACUUGGAGACCACUCUCAAGGAAUUGGGAAUCAGAUUUCACAAAGUCAUUUACGAUCAUUUGCAGCAAUUUCAGUUCAAUUCCGCUGGCGCUAUGUGCGCGAUAUGUGACAUGAAUGAAUAUCGCAAGUGCAUCAAAGAGCUCGACGUUGAAUUUGUUACGAAUCUCUUUGACACCCUGCACGCAUUGUGCAAUCUGCUGUUGGUAAAACCGGAAAAUCUGAAACAAGUGUGCACGGGAGACCAACUGAUGACACUCGAUCGCACCGUUCUACUAAAUUUUAUUCAAUUAAGAACCGAUUACAAGACACAGAAGUUAGCCAAUUGUUUAAAAGGCCUAGCAACAUAAUGACACAGUCUAGUUUGCGUAAGAAAACGAAUGCUUUAUGCUUUAAUGUUGGACUAUCAAUCACAAAAAUCGAUCAUCUAUCUAUUAAAUAUAGGAAAAAAAAUCGCUCCGACACAAGAAUGUAACCUGUUAUUUAUACAAACUACCUAAAUAUGUAUGAGAAUUUUUUCGCCAUUAGGAUUAUUGUUCGCGUUGUUGUCAUGUACAUACACUCGCAGAAAAUAGCACUCUUUCAGGUCGCUCAUAUCGCAAUAAAUUGAACAUACGACGAUCAAAAGGAUACGACCAUAGACAUAUAUCGACCUACGCUUUCAGAGCAUAUUUUUUUGUGGGAAUGCAGCUUGUUCUGUUUCACCUGAGUUUUUUCUGUUAACUUAAGCUGCUUUCCUUUUAGGAGACACAGUCGACACAAGAGUCAUUCUAUCUUUGUUUUUCACUGAAUAUUGAACGAAGACAGAAUGACUUUUGUGUCGACUGUGUAUCCUAAAAGGAAAGCAGCCUUAGUAGGGUGUAAGAGCCGAAUGUUUCUCCAGUCAAGCGGCUUGUAUUUUAUUUGUUCUUAUGAAACAAGCGAGGAUUUUAUAUGUCUAUGGACACGACGAAUGACCACACACAAGAAUUUCAUCAAUAUUUAGAUUAAAAUUCUUAUUGAUUUUUGUUGUUCGUUUUUUUUUUCUGUAACUCUAGCAAAAUGUGUUGAAGCAAAAUUUAGUGAAAUAAUAAAAACAAUUUAACAAGAAAAUGUCUGUCGCACAAUUAUAUUUUAAUGUACAUUGAAGACGCACGUGUUUUUUUUUCCUAUUGUUACAUUACAGUAAUUUUAUAUUAUACAACAGUACUACUAUGUAACACAACAUAUGUGUAUAUAUAAACAUACAUUU